GUCCUGAAUGCUUUUUCAACUUAUUCAACUGUAUGGAUCUGGAUAAAACCCUUAUAAUGUUCCCAUGUGCUUUUCAAAGGGAUCCCAUAAAUGCCUCGCUAAUAUGUCAUAUACGCCUCAGUCUCAGACCAACAUCACUGCUGAACUGCAGUAUCGGGGAAUACUGGAAAUAGUGUUAUUUUCAGCACCAGUCACAGUUCCAUGCUGUGUGUUUCUCUUCAUCAAUGGGACCAUGUUAUUCACCCUGAGGAGUAAAACUGUGUUUCGUGAGACCUCCCGUUACAUUCUCCUGUACAACCUCCUUUUUGCAGACACUGCUCAGAUGGCACUGAGCCAGUUACUGUACCUACUGGCUGCUUGUAGAGUAAAGCUGACAUAUCCUGUGUGUGGAGUUCUAUCCAUGCUCGCUGUUCUCACCAAUGACAUCUCUCCUCUCACACUAGUACUGAUGUCUCUGGAGAGAUAUGUAGCUGUGUGCUACCCACUGAGGCACGCUACCAUCAUCACCAUCAGAAACACAGGGGUGGCUAUCAUUGUGGUUUGGGCCUUCAGUUCACUAAAUGUGCUCAUUCGAGUUCUUUUGUUGGUAGAUUUUCCAUUUGAAGACCUGGUUGGUCUGCAGAUGAAAGACUUUUGCUCCACCAUAGCUAUGUUGCUUGGCCCAGUAUCAGCUCAGUAUGAUAGAGCUUACACUUGUUUUCUCUUUCUGUCAGCUGGCGUGGCAGUCAGUUCCUCUUAUACUGGUGUGAUGUUAGCAGCCAGGUCAGCCUCUACAGACAAAGCUUUGGCCAGUAAGACUCGCAACACACUGCUGCUGCAUCUGGUGCAGCUGGGCCUCAGUCUGUCUUCAACUAUAUAUAAUCCUUUGGUUAUCGCCAUCUCGAAAAUCUUAGACAGAAUCUCAAUGUGGCGAAUCCAGAAUAUUCUAUAUGUGUGUAUUAUUCUUUUUCCCAGAUGUUUGAGUUCUCUCAUCUAUGGCAUCAGAGACCAGACCAUCAGACCUAUCCUCACGUACUAUAUAUGCUGUCGACUGAAGCUGUCAACCAAGGUCUUAACCUAG